AUGGAUAAAAAACGCUGCCCCUCGUCUCGCCUCCCUGCGUUAGACCUUGAGUUCAGUGAGCGUCCAUGUAACUCUGCUACAUCGACAACGGGCACCAUAACCCCCGAUUGCCGCGACCAGCAGCUGACAACCGCUACCUCUCCGUUGUCUUCCCCCCAGCUUUUGAUACAGACUCCACUCACCCCUUGUGAACGUUUCUCUCGAAUGAAAAUUGCGGAUGGAGAAGAUGGUACGAAUCAGAACCGUCGCAACGAGACUCGAGCUAGUCGCAGUCCAACACAUGAGGUCGAUCUUCGCGAUAUCAACCGUGAGGGAUUCCCUCAACAUAAAAUUGAACAAACACCCUCUUCCUCGCAUUCAUCAAAGACGUUUAGUUUCGUAAUGGUUUCAUCUCCUUGUACAGAUACGGCGGGGGACGAGGUGACGCCAAAAGUGGAGGAAAUCGGCGACAAUGAAACCUUAUUGAUGGAGAGAAUCGAAGAGCUGAGCAAAGAUUCGAUCAAACAAACAGAUUCCCCUGUGGCAACACCACAAAAUGCCACCAAUGCUCCAAGGAAGCGUGGGAGGCCACGAAAACAUCCGCUCCCCAUUCCCGGGCCAAACAAAGAUUGCGAAAGGAAGAUCAAAAACUGGAUGUGUUACGUGCAGAAGGAGGAAGAAGAAAUGCGACGAAACAAAGCCGUCGUGCUUAAAUUGCCAAAAGAAUGCGGUCCUAUUCGAAGGAAUUCUAUUGCCGCUAUUCCCCCUGACCUCCCGAUCUUAAUAGACGGUAUAGAGACUGACGUUGACCGGAAGUUCCUUGACCACUUUGUAUUCGAAUUUAGCAGGGUGCUUACUCUCAUCAACGAUGACUCCAAUCCCUUUAAGGAGAUCUUGUUACCAAUGGCUACACAGAAUCGGUGCCUCAUGCAUUCGCUAAUGUGCCUCUCCGGAUCACAUCUGUCGACAAGGGACCCAGAACCUCAAUUUAUUCGACGUAAAGAAUACCAUUUUCACCGGGCCAUCACUGAUUUAAGGCUAACUGUGGCUUCUCAAACGGGCUCAGUCGAUGACCCAGAACUUCCUCUAGAGGAUCCUAUGAUCGCAUCAACACUAGCUUUGUGUCUUAAGACUAUUUGCGAAGGAGAGACUAAAGGGGAGUAUAGAUCCCACAUGGAUGCAACCCGAUAUUUCCUGAAUACUAAUCCCCCAAAGAAUGAAACAUUCAAACAAUUCAUCAUGGAGUUCUUCCAAUAUCAUGACAUUUCAAAUUCUUUAACUACCCUGGAUCGCCGACCCAUUUGUCUUUCAGGUGACUUACGUCUCCCAGACUUUGUUCCCCAUGCCCAAGCCGGCGCCCUCUUGGGAAUCUUCGAUGGGUUGUUCCAAUAUAUUUCAGAAAUCACCGUUCUUCGCGACAGGAUACGGAAACGGAUUAUGCAAGGUCUGCAACCGCCAGUCGACUACCGGACCCUGAGUGAGGCUGUAUCAGUCGACGCAUCGAUUCGAGCUUGGGAACCAAUAUAUUCUCCGGACAACCCCAACUGGUCGGCGGCCCAGCUUUAUCGGCAAUCGACAUGGGUAUACCUCUACCGGACCAUGCGCCCCUCUUUCCCAAGCGAAAAGAUAUCUCAAGUAGUGGAUGAUGGGCUUCGGUUCCUCGAUCAACUUCCCAUAGAUGCUGGCGCCAAUUCUAUCAUGCUCAUGCCACUGUUUCUACUUGGCUGCUCAGCCUUCAAGUUGAGACAACGUGAGCGAAUCAGGAUGGGUUUCGAUAGUCUUCAAGCUUAUUCAAGCCUGCGCAACAUAAAACCAGCGUUUGCGGUUGUUGAGAAGGUUUGGGAAAUCAUGGAUGAUAAGCCGGAAGAAAGUUGGGAUUGGGAGAAGAUCAUCGAGACUAUGGAGAUGGAUUUUUUGAUUACAUGA